AUGGAGAGUCUUUCCAGCAAGUGGGCUUUCAUUGUCAUUCUCUCCGCCCUCCUAAUUGCCAGCCGCUUCCCCGGCACGGUCAACGGGGACUGCUGGCUCAUCGAAGGGGACAAAGGUUACGUGUGGCUGGCGAUCUGCAGUCAGAACCAGCCGCCGUACGAGACCAUUCCGCAGCACAUCAACAACACGGUUCAUGACUUGAGACUCAAUGAGAACAAGCUGAAAGCGGUGCACUUCAACUCCAUGUACCGCUUUACCAACCUCACGGACCUCAAUCUUACCAAGAAUGAAAUCAGCUACAUUGAAGACGGAGCCUUUUCGGGGCAAGCUAACCUACAGGUUCUUCAACUGGGCUACAACAAGUUGACCAACCUGACGGAGGGUAUGAUGAGAGGACUGGGCCGCAUGCAAUGUCUUUUCCUCCAACACAACCUCAUCGAGGUGAUCGCCAGCAAUGCGUUGUGGGAGUGCCCCAGCCUGAGCAGCAUCGAUCUGUCCUCCAACAAACUGGCCCGUAUCGAUCCGUCCACGUUCACCGUUCUCAACCGCCUCAUGGUUUGCGAACUGGCCGCCAAUCCGUUCCAUUGCGGCUGCGAUCUUUAUAGUUUCCUCACCUGGCUGGAAUCCUUCAACAACGUCACCCACACCUACGAUCGACUCCAGUGCGAGACGCCCAGGGAGAUGUUUGGAUUCCCCCUACUGAGUCCCAUCGCCGCCGGUCACGCCGGUCGGAACGCCAAAAACAUUUUAUCCUCUCACUGCGUAGGCGGAGUGAUGACGUCCCUUCCGCCCGACCCGGACGGUCCGUCCGGAAUGGGCCCGGAGAUGUUUGGACCUUACCACCAACCCAACGCUUCCACGUCCGCAGAGAACAAUUUCAUUCCCAGCAUCAAGCUCAAUCAGGUGUCCUGGUCCUCGGCCUCUCUCUUCGUCCAGAUUCCGAGGCCGUUCAGCAAAAUGUACAUCCUGACCGAACACAACCACACUUAUGUCUCUGAUGUUAAGACUCUGAAGAACAAGAAGGAGAUAAUCACCGUCAACAAGCUCACGCCGCACACCAAUUACACCUUCUGCGUGGCCUCCAUCCGGAACUCCCAGCGAUAUAACCACACGUGCCUCCAAUUUUCCACCCGUUCUCAGAAUCCAAACCACAUUCUCCCCACACCGUCGACCACCACACACUACAUCAUGACCAUUGUGGGCUGUCUAUUCGGCAUGCUCAUAGUUUUGGGCUUUGUCUAUUACUGUUUACGAAAGAAACGCAUGCACGACGAGAAAAAGAAGUCCAUCUGCGUCAAGAAGACUAUACUGGAAAUGCGUUACGGACCCGAGGUGGCGGCGGCGGUCGCCAACGAUCCAGCGGCGGUCCACAAGCUUCAGGAACACUCCAGAGAACAUCACCAAUAUCACCACCACCAUCACGGGGCCAAGCUUCCCAUGUCUACGUCCUCGAGCUCUGGAAUGCUUCACUCGGCUAACACCAGUUCCUCCAGACUGUCCUCUAUUCCGCAAGUCGAAAAAAUGCCUACCGCCUUCUCGGAGGCCAUGACGGGUAAAGGAAACUACAUGGACAUCAGAAGCGGAGGGGCGGGAAUGGAGAGGCACGGCGGAGAGGGCGGCCACGGAGCGAUGAGAGGGGAAGAGCUAAGGGACGACGACGGCACCGAAGUCGGGGAUGACUCGGACGACGGGCGCGGCUCGGCGUCGGAGAUCUCCACAAUCGCCAUGGAGGUAGACAAAGUCAAUCAGAUUAUAAACAACUGCAUCGACGCGCUCAAACUGGAUGCGGCGGCCGUCGCGGCUUCGGGCUCCUCUCCCAAUUCUUUGCCGUCCUCCAACCCAACCUCUCCUCCCCCAAACAGCACCGCCGCUCUUACACGUGGUUUAAUAACGCUUUCUCAAGGGAUGACUGAAUCAUGCCAAGUGAACAAAAUUCCACCUCCGCCCCCGCUCCCUGCUUUGAAUACCCCACUUUCUGAGCGCCCGGGGAUCAGCGGCGGUGGAUUCGUUGUGAGCCCCCCCUACAGGCCGCCUCCGCCUGCCAACGCCGUCCGCCCCAUUCAGCGCCAAAUGAGUGCGGAUGCAGCUGUGGUGAUUGUAAACGCCGUCAAGAAACAGAGCAGCACCGCCUCUUGCGGAUCCGUGGGACGCGAUCGGGAUCGCGGAGGACUCGAUCGGGACCGCGGAGGGGCUCGCGUCUACAGCCUGGAUGUUCCCGAGCCGAGGAGUCCGGAUGGCUGCAAUCAACAACCGCAGUACCAAGACCGUGCCAGUCCUGUGGGCUGUGGGGAACCCCUGGAAAGACUGCCGUUAGUGGGGAGUAUGAGCUGCACCGGAGGGGGUGGCGGUGGUUGCGACAGUGGUGGUGUUGGUGGCCAACAUCAAGAAAACCAAAAUCCGCACCAUUACCAUCAACAGCAGCAGCAGCAGCAGCAGCAGCAGCAGUUGGAGGUGCAGCAAGACUACCAUUGCUCAGAGCACCGCCACUCCGUCCCAGCUCUGUACUACGAUGGCUCCCAUCAGGGUUCCCCAGCCCAGAGGGCUUCCUUCCUAAAGCCGCUGUCCCGCUCCCGUAAGGAUGCCGCCUCCUACUCCCAGCUUUCGCCAGCUCGCCACCAUUCCAGUUACUCUGGCUACUCUUCCAGUCCCGAGUACUCCUCAGAGAACACGCUGAGGAUCUGGGAGCGCUUUCGACCUUACCGUAAAGGCCAGCGUGACGAGGCCUGCUACGUGACGGCCGGUAACGCCCUUCGGAAAAAGGUGCAAUUCGCCAAAGGCGAGGACCUCCAUGACAUCCUGGAUUACUGGAAGGGGGUGUCGGCGCAGCAGAAGCUUUAA